AUGCUGGGUACUACUGAAGGAUACAUGUUAAAAGGUCUUCCACAAGAGGAUUGUUUGUGUUUAUUGAAAAAAUGGGCGUUCAAAGAAGGAGAAGAGGAGCGCUACCCGUACCUCCUGGAAAUCGGAGAGGACAUAGUGAAGAAAUGUGGAGGGCUUCCUUUGGCGGUGAGGACCUUAGGGACCCUGCUCUACUCGAGAAAUGAAGAACGGUACUGGAAGUCCAUAAGAAAUGAUGAGAUAUGGAAACUAAAACAGGAUGAAGGGGAUAUUUUACCUGCACUAAGACUAACUUAUGAUCAAAUGCCAUCUGAAUUGAAGCAAUGUUUCGCUGUUUGUUCUGUCUUUCCAAAAGGUUAUGUGUUCAGCAGUUUUAUAUUGGUUCAAUUUUGGAUGGCACACGGUCUGCUUCAAUCUCCAGAUGGAAACCACGAACUUGAAUAUCUUGGCUUACAAUAUGUUAAGGAGUUAUACUCAAGAUCAUUCUUUCAGGAUUUUGAGGAUUAUGGUUAUCUUUACGUGUUUACAAUGCAUGAUUUGGUUAUCUUUCAGAAUCAACUUUUUUUUUAUAUAUUUUCCAUGAUCAAGGUCCAAGUCGUAGGACUCCAGCCUCCAGCAACAAACAAUCGAUAG